CUUUAACUACACUGAAACAUGUGGGUUACCCAGAGACGACCUGCUGCUGAGCUGAGCUGAGUGAGGUCUACAAAACUUCUUCCACUUCCUCAAACGACACAUUUGACAGGAUGUGUGCCAUCGUUCUUCUCUUUGCUUUUUCUCUGCUGAGCUCAUAUGAUGCUGAAGACUCCGACAUCRUGACUCCUGUAUUUGUGCAGACGGGGAAGGAUCUGCUUCUAGACGUCAUGGCUCCUGUUUACAUAACUGAUGGGAGUGAAUUAAAAUGGAAAUAUAAUCAUACAGAAAACAUAAUUAGAUUGUUUUCUGAUAACAAAACAAUUAUACCUGACUCCUAUCAGGGAAGGGUCGAGAUUGUUCGCCAAAAUUACUCUUUGCUCUUGAAGAACUUAACACAAGCCGACAGUGGACAUUACAGGGCAGUUGUUCAAGGGAAUAAUGACGUAUCUGUGGGUAAAUACAACGUCACAGUUCAAGAUCCAGUGUCUCCGGUUCAUGGGAACGUGGACUCUGUGUCCCGGAGCUCCGACUCCUGUAACCUCACAGUGACCUGCAGCACACAGGACUCCCAUCACAUCAACAGCACUUUUAGAUGUGACAACAAAACCUGCAGCCAGGACGAGGGAGGAGACAGGUCCAAGGUCACGACCUCGGGCGCCUCCCUCCGUGUCUACCUGUCCAAUGGCUCCUCAGUUAUCUGUAACCAUAGUAACCAGGUCARCUCGRCCRAGGACRUAAUAAAGAUUGAGAGCUAUUGUUUCUCAGWUYSUGGUAAGUGA